UUUGUUUCCCUCCCUGUCCCUCUCACCCAUCGUAGGUCUGGAUUGUUCUGUGUCCCAUCCUCCGUUCCCAAGCACGAGGAUCCCCCGGCUGAUGCCUGCACUAACGGAGCUGCUGAUGGCAGAGGUGGCACAGAGGGUGAACCAGAGCCACAGCCCGCUGGUGAGCUGCCUGCCAAGGACAAUGCUGAGGAGCAGGUGCCACCCCUGCUGCCAGCACCGGGCACCCUCCCUCCCUACCCGCCCUACUUCGAGGGAGCCCCCUUCCCCCGGCCCCUGUGGCUGCGCCACACCUACAACCAGUGGGUCCCGCAGCCGCCCCCACGGAGCAUAAAGAGAACCAGGAGGCGWUUGUCCCGCAACAGGGACCCGGGCAGGCUCAUCAUGAGCACCAUCAGGCUGCGGCCCAGGCAGGUGCUGUGCGAGAAGUGCAAGAACACUCUGAACCCCGAGGACGCCAGCGCCCCGCGGCAGAACGCCAAAGGCAGGAGGAAGCUGGGCAUUCAGGACAAGGAGCAGAAAAAGCACAGCGACUCUGACUACGGGGAGAAAAGGAACAAAAGAGAAAAGAGGGAGGAUGACAAGUUUUCUGGGGAACUGGUGCAUCGAACACCAGUUAUAAAAAUAUCCUAUAGUACUCCACAAGGGAAAGGUGAAGUGGUAAAAAUCCCUUCCCGGGUUCAUGGCUCAGUCAAAGCGUUCUGYCAGGAGCGAGUAUUGCAGAACGGAGCUGGGGACCAAGAGGAGAGCAGGGACUCUGAACAGUGUCGACAAACCAAAUGUUUAAUGGACAGGUCAGCAGGCAGCCAGCUUGCUUCCAUUCCAAAACUGAAGCUCACACGGCCAGUGCAUUCCAGUGUGGAUGUGCCACCCCCAAAGAUACGGCUGAAGCCCCAUCGCAUCAACGAUGGGCAGAGCGUUUCCAUUUAUAAGGCAGAGCUGAUUGAUGAAAUCAAUGUCCUUCAGAACAGCAGGGAGUCCAAUCCUGGAGCAUUCUACAAUGAUGAGUCCACYGACAGGAGUUUGGCUGAAAUGUCUUCAGGAAGUUCAGGUGAAGAUGAUGACUUUAAAAGGUUUCCCCCGGGUAAAGAUGGACAUGAGAACUUGGCUUUCCUCAUGAAUUACCGUAAAAGAAAAGCAGAUUCUUCUAGUUUAUCMGUGUGUAGCAAUGACAGUCUAGAUGAAUCCAAAUCUUCUAGUUCAGAGGUGACAUCACCAGAACUGUGUGACUUUUUGCCUGGUGAUGAUGCUUCCGUCUCUUCAUCUUCAAAAGAUGAGCGUAAAAUUGUGCCACCACUGACAGUCAGACUGCACACCCAGAGUGUGUCUAAAUGUGUUACAGAAGAUGGGAGGACUGUUUCGGUGGGGGAUAUUGUCUGGGGUAAAAUUCAUGGGUUUCCCUGGUGGCCAGCACGUGUUCUUGACAUAAACCUUAGCCAGAAGGAAAACGGGGAGCCUUCGUGGCGAGAAGCUAAAGUGUCAUGGUUUGGUUCUCCAACCACUUCCUUCUUGUCUGUCUCAAAACUCUCUCCUUUCUCGGAAUUUUUCAAACUGAGAUUUAAUCGCAAGAAGAAAGGGAUGUACCGGAAAGCAAUCACAGAAGCUGCAAAGGCAGUUGAGCACCUGACUCCAGAAAUAAGAGAUCUCUUAACACAGUUUGAGACAUAACUUUGCCUCCAGUAUCAGGUAACAGAAGACAAGCUCAGCUGUUCUCCUAGAGGCUCACCGAGUCUGGAACACCCUGAGGUGCCCCWGGAGAACGGGAGCUGGGGGCACACGGCACGAGGACAGAGCUCCUGGCACAGUGUCCAGUUCCAGCAGGACAGGGACAGGCACCGGGACACGGAGCUGGGAGCUCUCCUGGUGAGAGGCAGGAAAGGCUUGAGGAUCUCCUACCCUACAAUGAGAAUGUGACUGGAUGGACAGCAAUGAACYAGGAGAACAGCAAAAACCACACCUYRGAAUGUAUUUAUUACUUCAAAGUUAGCUAUUCUUGAUAAAAUCCCCCAGAUUAUUGCUGCUGCUUAUUUUACUUACAGAUUUCACACACUUGUUAAUUUUAAAGCUGCCGAACUUUUAUUCAAUACUGUACUCUGAGAAAUGUAAUUGGGUCAGGACAUGCAAUAGAACGAAAUCAUUGUAGUGUUUAAAUGCAAUGGACUCACUUUGUGUCUAUUAAACCUUGGAAGAUGUGCAACUCACAGCCAUGUGGCUCUCAUUGCA